CUUCCAGAACACUGUAAGUCUCUGUUAUCUGAGAGAGAUGCCACUCAUCUGUGAGCAUGCAGUGAGCUCAGGGGGAAACCCUGCCCUUUCCCCGGCCAAUUAGCUCUUUAGGCGGAAGACUGGCAGGAUCUGUCAUACACUUUACCAGUCUAAUCACUAAACCACCACACAUUAACACAAGUAUUUCCUCUGCCUUGAUAUCAAAGGGUCCCAAGCAUGAUGAAUACUCUUACAGACAGACCUCUAAUGGGAAGUAGAGCUAAGGGCAUAACGUUCUCAUGAGGAUACUCUGCUUGCCAUAUAACUUUUUCACUUUCUUCAGGUCUUCAACAGUUGAAAUACUCAGAAAUACUGAUCUGUAGAGCUUCACUUCAAGAUCUUUCGAGCUGUUCACUGGAAUAGUAAAGAUAUAAAACUGUACCUCUUCUGCUCAAAUGUCUGACCCCAAAUACUUGGUCCCCUGGUUACAAAGGACCCUUUAGUUGAACCUCCAGACAGCCUGAGGCCACAUCAUCAGUGCCUUCAACACCCGAGUUUCAGUUCGGGCAUCUAGUCCUAGCUGCUACCACCUCAGGAUGGGGAGACCUACUUCCAAGGACAUGCACGGAGAGGCAGGACUGAAUUGAGAGCAGAUAACGCCUACAUGCAGGGAUCUGGCAGUUUGUUUUUAUGUAACUGUCUGGUGCUUCUGUCUAUUUGAAGCUUCAUUUGUUUAUAUUCUCCUACAGCAAGAAAGAAGAUAAGAGGGUUUGAUGGGGUUUGGAAUUUUUUUUUUAAGUUUAAAAACAAGCCUCAAGGUUUUACAGAAGCCUGCAGAAGUUUUCACUCAACAAGCACAACCUGAACUCCCCCCUCUGCUAUUUAAAGACAUAAAUGGAAACUAGUUUAGGUACACUAGGAACAAUGGGAACAAUUCCAAAGCAACUUCAGACCCAGUUGUGAGCACAAAUAACCUCAAUCCCACAUGAACAAAGGGAGUACUUACCACCUCCGUCUUCCUGAUAAUAUUUGUACCCCAAGCCUAGCCCCAGGUGUCUUAUCCAGUGGGAAGAAGGAAGAUAUGCUUCAAGGGGGACAAAGCAGAAUAAUAGGCUUUUAUUGGCCUAAUUAACAUUAAGAAAGUGGAAAAUCUCUCUAAAAGGAUAUAUUAUGGGGAACCUGGUGAGAAAAGAGCAGUCCGCCUGGUGUGUACCUUGUGUAAUGGUGUUCGGUACGCCUUAGGAGAACUGGGGUGUAGUGCUGCUUUCUUUUCUACUCUACUACUUAGUAUGAUUUCCUUAGAGAAAAACAAUUAUUUUUACUUGCCUCCAAAAUAUGAACACACUGUACAAAGCAGGUACCAAUUCUCACCCUCACUAAGUACUGGACUAUGAUCAUGGUAUCAUUUGGACUAUCUUGAAUUAAUUUCUUUCAGGAUUUUAGUUUCUACAGAAGUGGUGGAGAUCAUCUUCAUUAGCAGACUGAUGAAGCAUUCCCAGAAAGCUCUUUGUAUCACAUCCCUCAGAACUUUACAGUUUCUGAAUCCUGAACAAGUUUAAGUAGGAGAUACAUGCCUUGGUGCUCAGCUUUGCCAUGGCAUUGCUGGGAUACAAUGUCUGUGGAACUUCAAAAGCCAGGUGUCAGAAAGCCUUUGAGAAAUUAUUUUUUAGGUGACAGCUAAGCCGAGUCAGCUCAUUUUUUAGUAUACAGGUUUUAGUCAGAGGUUUUAGUAUGCUGAACUUUGACCUAACUCCCCUUAAGUGAGUAAUAUAGUUUGUCAGGGUUUUUUUCAGCCUGUAACCACUGCUUACUUUCAUUUAGGCUCUAGUUUUUUGUGGCGAGAUCAAUUACAGUAUGACUUGUAUUUGCCCCUGGAGCCAUUCCCCCUUGCAGAGGGCUUCCCUGCUGCCCUUUUGCAGGAUCUCUAGCAAAUGAAAGGGUUCUGCUGAGCUGGGUCUCUCUGUUGGCUGCUGUAUUUGGGUUCAGGAAAUUCACAUCCUCUCCUGUUGCACGGUUGUGUUGUGCAUAGUGAUGAAUGGAUUCAACUGUUCGGUUUAACAGAUACAUUUAUUGAUCUGGUAUCUCUAAACAGCUCCACACAUUGAAAGAAUGAGAUACCUGUGAGAUAUGUGGUGAAGGGAUUACUGUGGGCGUGGUGGCCUGCUGAUGGGGUGAUAAGCUAUCUAUCUAUAGGUUGUAGAUGAUCCCGAUCACUGCAAUUCAGGUGGAAGUGAUCUAGGGUCUCACAGUUCUAUUCUGCCCUUGGCCUUUAUAAUCACUGUAUUUGUAACUUUUUAUAUUCCUCAUUUACAUAUAAAGUGUCUGCCCCCCCAUUAAUGGCGGCAGCUAAGAGAAUAUUUGACUACAUUCUCACCUCCACUUCUCCAGAAGAGUAUAAUUUGGCAUUUAAAAUCCUCCAUGGCAGAAGAUGAGAAUACAACCACCUUGCAGACAAGUCUUGCUCUCCUUCCCCAAAGUAUGGAUGCCUCUUUGGUAAGAUCUGUGCCUCUGGAGCAUACUUGGAAACACUUGUACAUGAUGAUAUACAUUUAUAUUUUGCCGGUCUAGUGAAUCACCACCAAUCUAAAAGAAUCUAAAAUCUGUUGCUGCACUGCACUGUUUGUGAGUCUGUGUUCAUGCAAGUUCUUUUGAACUUGACCAGACUGUUGCAUUGAUAAACUGCACUUUUUGUGAAUAUCUAAUCAUGAAUGAGACCAGACUUACACUGUAACCCACUGUAUUGGUGCAUCUGGGAUCUUACUGAAUGCAACCAAACUUACAGUGCUGAAUUGCUUAUAAUAAAAAAUUAAGCCUAGUUGCACCCAGCCUCCCUGAGGGCUAGCUGGAAAGCAGGAGGGUUUAUUUUCUGCCAAAUUUCUAUUCUCUUAACUCAAUACAGGGCUCUGUAAUAGCUCUGCAGAUAACGCUUGCAUACUGAUUUCAGAGAGACUUGAACUACCCUUAUAUCUACACUGUUCAUUAUACUCCUUUGUAUCAGCUAUUAAUAGUCAUAAUGACUACCCUGAAUAGAUUUUUAUCUUGUUCCUGUUUAGCCAGCUCUGAAAGGAAGCUACAGCUAGUUAGGCAAAGUGAAAUGACAGUCUGUCAGAGACAGUGGCAGCCAGAACUCCUUACCCUCAUCCUUCCAUUGUCUUACACAGAAACUUGUCCCUCAAAAUUCUCUUGUUGCUACAUGCCUUGGUUCUCACCCUUACCCAUAUUUGAGCUCCAUUCUAAAUAAUUAUAUUUACAUGAUCUUUUGUGCUGGCUACAAAGCCAUAUGCAAGGACCUACUCCAAGUGUGUUCAAGUUAGGCAACUCUCAAGUGGCUCUAAUUUGCCACGUGAUGCCUAUGCCCAGAGGACAUUGCAAUUAAAUAGGCUUUUACCAGACAUAGCAAUUUGGUUAUACCAAUUUCUUUUCCUAAGAAAGCAACCUGAAAAAAUGUGAAAAAGAAUGUGUUUUCCUGAAGGUGCCUUGUUCCAGAAUUUCAAUCAAAAUGUUCCUUUGCAGGAGCUGGAAAUGGUUCUUCAAAACUUGUUCUGUGAAAAUGAAAGGGAAAAAGAAGAAAUGCCACCUGCCCUUUGGAAGAGCAGAGAGAAAAUUCAUGGCGGACUUGCCCUUUCCUUGCCAAAGUCAUUGCAAGUAGAGGGGAUCCAAUUCUUCUUUUUUGGUAGGAGACAGCUAGUACAGCCAUCUUUUGUUUCUAGUGUGACAACCUGGUUUAUUUCUUCCUCAUGGUGUAGAUUGGAUUUUGUAGAGAAGUAACUGAAGCUCACAACUGGAAUGAGAUCCUGUACUGCACCUGGCUUGUGACACAGACAGCAUGGCUCUCACUGAACAAUGCAUAAUUAAUAAUAUGUUCUCAUUUUUAGUCAUCUGCAACAAAGAACUGCGAGCCCCAGGGUCUCUUUUAUACCGAGAAAAGUACUGAUUUCCCAGAGCUAGCUGAGGUGUCAGUACAAAUAUAACUGUUACCAAUACACCUUUACAAAUAGUAAUAAGAUUAACUCUGGAGUUCACUUCUGCCAAAGUUGGAAAUUGUAGCUAAGGGUGUAUCAUUCCUAGGAAGGAUAACUCCCAGAGGGGUGUUGUGUUUUUGGUUUUUUUCUUCUUCUUUAAAUUCUAGUAAUUGGAGCUGAGAAAAUUAAAAAAGGUUAAGUAGGUAUUACCUUCUUUCGUCUCUUCUUUGCUGCAGUGAAAGGCCUUCUGCUCUGGGCUUGUUUUGGAAAUUUCUGAGUUUCCUUAACGCAGAGGUUUGCACUUGGAAACAGUUGAUCUUGCACUAUGACUAUUACUGUCCAGUUAAAUUUGAUAUACUGUGAAACUGGUUCACACUUUGAUCAGGGACAUAAAGAUGAAUCUCUUCAACUGUAGUGGGGCUGUGACUGACCAAAUGAAAUUGUCCCAAUGGUGGCAGCAUAACACAAGAAAUAAAAUAUGAAACUAUGAAGGGUUUCCUCUUCAGUAAGGUUUUUAGGCUGAGUCAUCACAACCAAAGAGAUAUCCUUGUUCUUUGGGGGUGGAGUUUUCUUUAAAACCAAAGCACGGCACUUAUCUUACUGUAAAACUGGAAAGGAAAAUAUUUUAUUUUUUAUGGUCAGACAACCAGACAAGGUCAGCAUUUCACAUGAGAUGGACCUUGUCUGCCAGGCAUCUGGUUAAAAUCCUCUGCUAGGACUUCAGAAUAGGAAGGUAACAUGCAUUAGGGAUCUUGCAUUAAAAAGAGGUGUUUUUUAGAUGUGAAAGCAAAACAAAAUUUACCAUCUGAAAUUUACUAGGUGCAGUUACUGCAAAUGAAUAGAGGCAUAAUUAUGCAGCUAUAAAAUAUCUGACUUUAACAAGUAAGCUCUUUUCUAGCUUAAAAAAAUAAAAAUCCCAUCCUGUCAAAUUUUGUGUGGGGAUUUGUACGUUCUGAUAAUUUCCUAAUUGUAUAUCAUUGUACGUUUUCUAAUUUUCUCACCUGGGGCUAGGCCUGCAUGUUCUUGCAUUUGUCGAAAAUCCAUACAUGUAAAAAGCAGAAAAAAAAAUGUAAUCAAAUUUGUCAAAUAUAACAAUUUACUGGUGAGGGCUUGCAACACCUGGGACCAGUCUGAAGAAACAGAAAUAUUCAGCACAGGGAGAGUUAAACAUUGGUGAUUUGCAAGGUUUUCGUCAGAAGCAUCUUCCUUUUCUAUGACUCUUCAAGGGGAUGUGUACCCAUCCCUCUUAUCUUAGCGAAGCAGCUGGGCUACUGCUGCCAUAAAUCAGGAGUGAAACCGAGGGAUGGUGAUGGGUAAGACUUAUGGCAGGGCGGUGGUGGUGCCUGGUGAGAGGGAGCAGACCAGGUUAAAAUGAGGCGCUCUGACUCCCUGCGGGAAGGAGAGAUGGGGGACACGAAGCCUGCAGUGCGGCUGCGACGGAAGGGAUGGGGCAGUGCUGAUCCCUGUGGGGCAAAUCCUUGUCCUGGGGGUGGGAACCCUCACCCCAACAGCUCAACAUGGAGCAGCUGGGAGUUGGCAGCUGUAAUCAUCGCUGGCCUCCUCCUGCUCUACAUCCCACUGUGCUAUGAGAAUUUCCAUUUCCACGUGGCUCAUUUGUAUGCUCGCCUGGGGUACCCCAAUGCCCAGCACAUCCUGGGACAGAGGUAUUUACAAGGAACCGGAGUGGAAAAAAAUGAUGACAUGGCUAUGCACUGGUUCAGGCAGGCUGCGGGGCAGGGCCAUCCCCACUCCUCCUUCAACCUGGCGGUGGGGGCACUCAGAAACAUGACCAUGGCACUUGAAGAAGGGGAAGUGGAGAAACUUCUCAGUGUGGCAGCAGCCCAUGGGCUCCAGGAAGCUCAGCAACUUUUGGAAAACAUCCUCAAGAGCAGAAACCUUCCCUGAUUGACUGCUGCAACACCAGUGCUCGUCCAACCUUGCCAACUUAGCAACCCCACUUUCUCCUUGCUGAGUGUCUUUAGGCAUUUGAGUCAUUCACUGAACAUUGCACUUGCUUUGUACUGGAUCUCCAUGGUCAGAUCUAUGGCAGUCACGUGUCGCUGCACCUUCUGUUUUCGCUUCCUGGCUCGCCACUUCUGAAGAGCGUGGAAAAGGUGGGGUGGAGGAGACAAAUAGCCUUCAGGGUUGCAAUGGUGAUGGGCUUAUGAAUGUUUUCAAAAAAACACCACUAUGUUUGUACCAACUUAUCUGCUAAUACUAAGUUCAGUUUAGAUCCCAGCGUUCACCUGGACUUGGUGUGAGGUUGCUACACAUUUGUGCUACCUGUAUUUCAUGCUCUGCUUAGGCAUUGUGAUAACUAAUCAUGACUAAGCUAUAAAUCAGCUUUAAACUUUAAACUUUAAACUUAAAGCUUUAAACUAAGCUUUAAAUCAGCAUGGCAUGCAUGCACGAUGCCAUUUGUAAUAGAAAUGACAGUGAUUUAAUAGAAAAUAUAAAUGAUGCUCUCACUUAAUGCUAUCAUUCCUUAUUGGCAUUACCAUUGUCAUGCAAGUUUUGGGGAAAAGUAAUUCAGUUUAAUGGAAACUGCCUUCAUUUUCAGGGUGGUCUUGGUUUAAAACCACAGUGAGCAAUUGCAUUUCAUGGGAAGUGCACUCACUAAACAAAGACCCGCAGCAUUUUGCUGGCAAUAAAAUUGUUUCC